UUAAUAACACUACACAAUAACUGCUGUAUAUUUUCCAGGUUUGUGUCGUUUUGUUGUGGACGAUACUUGUAAAAAGAGACAACAUGGAUGCCAAUUCCAGCGACGGCAGUAUUAUUGUUAACAUCGCAAAGCGGAAACUUGGCGGAGUGGGUUUUGUGACGAGUAAGCGAAGCGAAAGUCCUUACCUCGUUGUGUCGCACGUCGUUAAGGGAGGAGUAGCUCACGAGACGGGUUUGAUACAAACUGGGGACGUAAUUCUUGAAGUGGAUGGGAAGUCUGUGGAGAGCAUGCCAUACCAUAAGGCGUUAGAGAUUAUCGACAAAGUUCCCACCGGCGAGGUGAUUGCGAUGAAACUACGUGCCAAGGACGGGUUUCAAGCGUACCUAGAAACGGCCUUCGACGACAAAGGUUCUGUAAAGACGGUGCGAAAAAACAGGCCACGAACGCCAAGUACUCCAAAAGCUAACAAGGACUUGAACGGAGAGGUAAAUGGUGAAUCACAUAUGGAUCAAGCACAAACCACCCAAGUAGGGCCAGUUUCUACAAGUGAAGACGCAGGAAAAAAGCAUCAUGUUGAGAACGAAGAUCCUGAAGCGCCACCGUCUCAAACUAUGGCCAACGGACAUCCAGAAAACGAAAGUGAAAUACUCAGCGAGUCACUCCAAUCCAAAGGUUGCCCGGUCACCAACUUUUUGUCAAAACCACAAAAUCCGAAAUAUGUCAGGUUACAGAAUCUCCUCGAUGGCAAGUACACGACGGACACUCUACAUCAAAAGGCCAUGAUUCCUAUAAACUGCACUGCAGGUCGUUGCUUGGGGUCUUUGAUGCAGCCAUACGGGGGAGAAGCUGCUCCUAAGAGGCUUUAUGGUGUACCGCGGCAACCAGAGGAGGUGAUAGUUCAGGCUAAGGAUUUCCUCCAGCAGUAUUACGGAGCCAUGAAACUUGAGAAUAGUUCGGCCCACAAGCUGCGUUUAGGGGAAGUAAUGAAGGAGAUUGAAAAGACUGGGACCUAUGAACUCACAGAAAAGGAGCUCAUCUUUGGAUGUAGAAUGGCUUGGAGAAAUGCCCCUCGAUGUAUAGGACGAAUUCAGUGGAACAAACUUCAAGUAUUCGACGCUCGACAUGUGAACACACCCUCCGAAAUGUUCGAGGCGAUUUGUAAGCACAUAAAGUACGGAACGAACAAGGGAAAUAUCAGGUCCACGAUAACUGUAUUUCCUCAAAGGAAGACUGCUUUUAAAGACUUCCGCGUGUGGAAUACACAGCUGAUUCGUUAUGCUGGAUAUAAAAAACCGGACGGUUCGUGCAUCGGAGAUCCUUCAAACAUUGAGUUCACUGAGAUUUGUCAGUCUCUUGGUUGGGAAGGAAAGGGAGGUCCUUUUGAUGUUUUGCCUUUGAUUCUUCAAGCCAACGGUGGAGAACCCGAAAUGUUCGAGAUUCCGCCUGAAAUCGUACUUGAAGUAGAAAUAAAGCACCCAAAGUAUCCGUGGUUUGAAGAGCUGGGAUUGAAAUGGUAUGCAUUGCCCGCAGUCUCUUGUCUUUGCCUUGAUGUCGGAGGAGUAGAAAUACCUGCAUGUCCCUUUAAUGGCUGGUAUAUGGUUACAGAGAUUGGAGCGAGGGAUUUCGGUGAUACAAACCGAUACAAUAUGCUUGAGCCCGUAGCGCAGCGUAUGGGUCUGGACACCAAGAGUAAUGCUUCUCUCUGGAAGGAUCUCGCAAUGGUGGAAAUCAAUGUGGCAGUAAUGCACAGCUUUCAGGAAGCAGGAGUUACAAUGACUGAUCACCACAGCGCUUCCGAAUCUUUCCUAAAGCACCUUGAGAAUGAGGUUAAACUCCGCGGAGGCUGCCCAGGAGACUGGGUGUGGAUUGUACCUCCCAUGUCAGGCAGUGCUACGCAAGUGUUUCAUCAGGAAAUGUUAAACUACACUUUAAAACCAAGCUACGAAUACCAGGACGAUCCUUGGAAACAUUAUUCGAUAAAGAAAGACACGUCUAGCGAUUCUCCACGGAAGAAAGCUUCCUUUAAAGAAGUAGCGAAGGCUGUUAAAUUUUCCGCUAAAUUAUUUAGCAAAGCUUUGGCUAAAAGACAGAAGGCUGUUAUCCUCUAUGCCACAGAAACAGGAAAAUCAGAGCGUUAUGCCAAGAUGCUUGGAGAACUCUUUUCUCAUGCGUUUGAUCCGAAGGUUGUUUGUAUGCAGGACUAUGCAAAUCCUGAGAUGGAAAACGAACAGCUUGUCCUUAUUGUAACUAGCACGUUUGGAAACGGAGACCCUCCUGAGAACGGAGAGGAAUUCGCUCGUUACUUGUACGAACUCCGCCACCCACCAGAUGGAAGUCGAUCGUCGCGCAACAUGAUGAAACAACUCGGCAGCCUGUUGGUUCAAAAAGAGAAGGAAAAACGUAUCGAUGUAAUGAACAACAGUCAACCACUUGCUAACCUCAGAUACUCUGUGUUUGGCCUGGGCUCCAGGGCCUACCCAAACUUCUGUGCAUUUGCUCGCUCGCUUGACAAGAUCAUUCGGGAACUUGGAGGAGAGCCCGUGUUGAAGAUGGGAGAAGGGGAUGAGUUAUGUGGUCAAGAGGAGUCUUUCAAAAUGUGGGCCAAAGACGUAUUUAAGGCCGCCUGUGACUCAUUCUGUAUCAGUGACGAAAUAACAAAUGAGGCCAGUCAGUCUCUAGAUACAGUACCGAGCGGCUGGGUACCAGGCCGCUUUCGGCUUGCUACAAUUAUGAUCACCGCCGUGCAUGCUUUUACUGAAGCAACUGAUGGACCGGACGGACACAGUGAAAUUGUCCGAGGUUUGACUCAUAUUUGCGGUAAGACAGUGCGAUCUGCGACGUUGUUAUCAGUGAAGAACUUGCAGUCUCCUGAAUCCAGUCGCUCGACCAUCUCAGUCCGGCUCAAAACAGAGAACAGCACAGAACUGCAGUACAAACCAGGUGAUCAUGUGGCCAUCUUUCCCGCGAAUCGCCCAGAGCUGGUGCAAGCUUUGAUUGACAGGCUAUCAGAUGACGUCGAUCCCGAUAAACCAAUCGUUGUCGAGGCCUCACGAGAAGUCAAAGGUAUUCUAAAAACAGCCAAGAAAUGGGAAACUUACAACCGUCUUCCGUCACAAACCACGCUGCGUCAAGCUCUCUCACGUUACCUGGACGUCACAAGUGUUCCUUCACCGCAGAUCCUGAAAGCUUUGUCUGCUACGGCUACUGACCCGGCAGAAAAGGAAAAACUUGAGAUUCUUAGCCAGGGUAAUAACCGAUACGAGGACUGGAAGUUUGGAAGUGAAUGUAACAUUCUUGAUGUGCUACAAGAGCAUCCUUCCUUACAAGUUCCAGCUGACUUAUUACUCACCCAGCUGCCUUUGUUGCAGCCGCGUUUCUACUCCAUCUCAUCAUCGCCAGACUUUUUCCCAGGUGAAGUUCACCUCACAGUGGCAGUGGUACAAUAUAACAAGAGAGGUGGAAAAGGUCCCGUACAUCAUGGCGUUUGCUCCACGUGGUUAAAUAGUUUGCAACCUGGAGACAAAGUGGCCUGUUACGUGCGGCAAGCCCAGACCUUUCAUUUGCCCGAAGAUGGCACGGUCCCAGUGAUAAUGGUGGGGCCUGGGACUGGUAUAGCUCCUUUCAGAAGCUUUUGGCAACAGCGCCAAUUUGACAUUGUGAACACAAGUGCUCCUAAGCCAAGGACGUUGGACCUUACACCAGACUCAAGCCCUUUAAUACAGCGUCGAAACUUUGCUUUCACCCGUGGGGACUCUCCUGAAACAACUCCUCCUACGCCACAUCGUUCCUUCGGGGGUAGCUCUUCUUUGCAGCGUCAACUCUUCUCAGAAAAAGAACAGGACGAGAAUGCUUCACAACCUUCGUCGGGAAAGUGGGGCGAAAUGUUGUUGUUUUUCGGAUGUAGAAACUCUACUCAAGAUUAUAUAUACAAGGAUGAAAUGGCGAAAGCGAAAAGCGAUGGCGCCUUGACUGAAAUAUGGACAGCUCUCUCACGUGAACCAGGACAGCCAAAAAAAUAUGUUCAGGAUAUGUUGAAAAUGGAGGCGUUUGACAUUUGUGACAAGCUGCUGAGUCAGAGGGGACACUUCUACGUGUGCGGCGAUGUGUCAAUGGCAGAGGAUGUUUGCAGAACAUUGCAGACCCUCCUACAAGAGUACGCUGCCAUGUCUCAGCAAGAGGCUCAGGACACAGUAAACAAAAUGAAGAGUUCCGGCCGAUAUCAUGAGGAUAUUUUUGGAGUAACUUUGAAAACGCGAGAAGUGACCGACCGCGUCCGAACCGCAGCUAAAAGAUCGUGGAUGUAUCUAAAGACUUCUAGUAAAAUGAGGAUAAGUGAGCACAAAUUGAAGCCACGCGCCCCUACUAUUACCUUGCUCAUGGACAGAGAUGGAGCAGAAGGCACUGCAGUGUGAGUACAUCAGUCGGUAAAACCGCAGACCAUACACUCAAGACUCCACAAGAGAAAGAACUUAUUCAAAUCCAGUGCACUAGGAUGAAAGUUAAGACGAGAAAAACUCAUGCAACUAUAUAGAAGCAGCUUGUGCUUAAAACGCAACAAUCAAAAUGCAUUUAUGAUCUAGAAUAUUGAAAUGCCUCAACCCAAUAAUUUCCAACAACAAUGUUAUAAAUUUAUUAAGUUAUGACAGUUAAAAUUAAGAUUAUGCCAGUAAAGCGAUAUUAUAUUUGUUAGGAAAAUUACCAGGAAAAUAAAGAAAUGAGUAGAAUUGGCUUCGAGAACGGUAGAGCUUUAUUAUUAGGAACCUCAAGUAGCUAGAAUUAUAGAAUUUAUUUGCAAUUAUCAACGAAAGAAAAAUACUCCAACAAUAUAGGAAUAAUUUUUUUCUCUUUAUUGCAUCUUGGUUAGAAAUUACUACAGCUAUUAAGUAAUUUUGAUGCUGAAACAGGACAGAUGAAAUUCCUUUUGUACAAGAACUCUCCCGGCUUUUGCUCAACCUCUUAUCAGUCAUAACACUGACAGCGAAAUCCAUCUGUCGGUUUGCAAAAACUCGAUUGUGUCUUACUUUCUCCAUUUCGUAGGCUUGCAAUCCUUUUUCAGAGCAUCAUUCAAUCCUACAUAAAAUGUUGAAAUGUGCCCUAGAACAAUAAUAUUUAAAUCAACUCUAUCCUAUAACAGAUUCAGACAUGACAUAGUAAUUGAGCGAUAUGUAUAUACGUAUAUUGUAUUGUGCAAUUAUAUUAUGCAAUACUGCUUUGCACUUUUGAUUCAAUCGGAUAACGAGCUGGCAUUCCCUAGGAAAGAGCGCGCCUCGCUUCUCCGAGUUCACACGAUGCCAGAAUGUUUGGUUUUUGCGAAGGAUUACUGAGGGAGAGAAGUCUGGAUCGAUCGUAGUCUAUGGCUACAUCGAAAACAGUGUCCAUAUAUAUUCACUUUCCUGAUUGUUGAUUAUAAACGUUGAUGUUGAUGCGUUUUAUUGAUUAGCGAGAUUGUUACAUAAAAUAAUGGCAAGGAUGUUAAUUAAAUUAUGAAAUGUACA